UCAGUAACUGAGUCACGAGAGCUAAUCAAGGAAUAAAAACAAACCAGAGCCCGUCAGGAGUCAAGUCGAGUUCCUCGUGCUGAAGCGAGAUGGAGUUGAUGGGGUCUGAGGAUCCGGAGGGUUCUGCCGGGCCUGAGGUCCACACGGCGAUGCUGUGGAGCAUCCAGGAGGCGGUCCAGAGGCAGACUCUUCAGAUCGGGGUCUCUGCGUGCGGAGCCACGGCCCUGGUGGACGUCCUUCAGGCGCUCGGCAUCAUCGCGGUCGCGCCGGAGACGGUGAACUCCUGCGUGAGGACGAGUCUGAGGAGGAACACGGCGCCGCUGCACGACUACCUGCACUCGCGCAGCAACGCUGGGGCGACGCACCUGCAGCUGAUCGACGGGGCGGACCAGGCCAGCGCGGGGCUCGUCGCGGGCCGGUUCUUCGGGCUCUUUCCCCGCCGCAGGGUGAAGCUGGUGCCCUGGUUGGCCCGGUGGAUCCUGCGUGGAGCCGUUCCCGUCGCCACCAUGAACAUGCAGAAGGCCGUUCCCGAAGGAGAGGAGAUCCCCGACGCCUGGCACCACCAGCUCAUCUUCGGCGUGGGACCCAGAGCCGUGUUCAUGACCAACCCUCUGGAUGUGGUGAGUGAAGAGGAGGUUCAUGAGCGUCUGUGCAGCGAGUCUGUGCUGCUCAUUCGCCGGGAAGAUGUUCUGAAGAGACUGACUCCAGAUGUUCACCUGUCACAGAUCUCAGAUCAGCAUCCCGACCUGCGCUGGAAGACAUUAAAUGUGGAGGGUCAAGUUAGAGAGAUGAUCAGGGAAGAAGAGCAGAAGGACGAAGAGCGUCCGAAGACGUCGCAUCUGAUGAUUCCCGCGGCGUACAGCUCUGGAGUGACUCUCUUCGCUCUCCGAGACUCGGAUGUCGGGCGAGAGCUCCUCCACACGCCGGAGCUGCCUCUGCUGUGAAUCUGCACUUCAGCUCACACUCCUGGA